GACCAGUCAAACGAUAACAGCUGUGGCUCUAGUGAUCGGACACUGGCUUCUCGUAAAUGUCUGUUACCAUUACUAUAUGGCGUUCAUUACAUCUCCAGGACAUCCGCCACAGGACACAACCAUUUCAGAAGUGGUCUCAUUCUGUAAGCGAUGUAUUGGUCCGAAGCCUUCGCGCACUCAUCACUGCUCCGUUUGCAACAAGUGUGUGUUGAAAAUGGACCAUCAUUGUCCAUGGUUAAACAACUGCAUUGGGCACUUUAAUCACAGAUAUUUCUUCAUGUUCUGCGUCUACACAUGGAUUGGAACUAUUUUUGUGAUGAUCUUUGGCUACAGAAUAGCUUACGAACACUUUUGGCCCAAAGCGGACAUCACUUCAAACCAUUCAAACAAUUCUAACUCAACAAACAUUUCGACUAAUUUUAUCGAUUAUAUGAAACACAAAUGCAUUAUCUUCGAGGGUCUGAUGACUAUCGGAAUAUUUGUCGCUUUGGGCGCUCUCAUGGCUUACCACUCACUUCUCAUAACCAAAGGGGAGACUUGUAUUGAAAGGCAUAUAAAUAGUAAAGAGAGAAAACGUUUGCUAGAAAUGGGCAAAACA